AUGUCUUCACGUAAUCGUCGUGAUUUGGAGGAAUUAUACGAGGACGAAUUUGAUGGUUUUAUUGAAUUUGAAAAUGAUGACCAAAAAUAUGAACUUUUGAGAGAAGAAAGAGCGCUUUUGGAAUCAUAUGAUGAGGAGGAGAGUAGAAGACCACCUUCAAAAGCAUCAAGAAAAUCAGUCACCAAUUCUUCCGCAGCAAAAACAUCAGCUGCCAAAGCAAGUGCUGUAAAGAAGAUUACACGUAAAAAGGCUGCUGGUGUUACAACUGCUGAUGGUGAUGCAAGUGGUGCUACUCAACAAGAUGAAGGUCCAAAACUUCCACUCAAGUAUAGAAGAAUUGAAAAGUAUACAGAUAAACAGAUGGGUUUCCAUGUGUUACAUCAAGCUUUGAGUGAGAAUAAGGAAUUUAAACAAUUAGCAAAUGUACCAUUGGAUAGUGGUAAUGAAAAACAAGUACUGACAAAGAGACUCAAUAUCUAUCUUGAUACACUUCACGAUUGGUGCAGGACUGUUUUUCCAGAUUUACAAAUGGAUGAAGCUCUCUCCUUUAUGGAAUCUCAAUCUUUUAGUAAUCGAGUUCAUAAAGCUAUGGAAUGGGGACGAUCAACAUUUAGUUCUCGUUAUCAAAAAGCUGUACAUAAUAAGGAACAACGUAAAAGAAAGAGAAAGAAAGGUCAAUCUAAGAGUGUUCUUCCAUCUUAUCACGAGGGUGAUGAAGAGGAAAAUCAAGAUGAUAACCGAGAAGAGGAACAAGAUGAAAAUAAUGAACAAAACGAACAAAACAACGAUGAAGAUAAUGUAAAUAAGGACGAUUCAUUCUCCACAUCUCCAUACAGACCUAAGCCAUACUCUCAAGAAGAUGGAGAAGAGGAAUUCCAAUUUGAAGAUGACAAUACAGUAGAGCCAUCCCCAAAGAAGAAAAAGAGAUCAAGUCAAGGUGGUGCUGAAGAAGAAAAUGUUGGUGGUGAAGCCGAAGAAGAAUCUACACCAUACGAACCAUCUCUUGAGCUUGCACCAAAUACUGACAUUCCAGAAAGUGUUGAAAUAUAA